GCCGCCGCCAUUGCUGCUUUAAUAACACUUGCUGCCUUCAUUCUUAUACAUCUAGCUUUCAGCUGCUAACGACAAGCUUUAUAACUUGUUAUAUAACACUUUCUGUCUCAACAUGGGCGACACAUAACCUGCAAGAACGUAGCAGCAGUGGUGGGCAGUGAGUUACAGGAAUAAUGGAUUCCUGGACCCCGAACCCUCGAGCCAAGCCGUUUAUCCCCCGCCAGCAACGCAGCCUUUACCUUACCUGGAAAUACAAACUUGCCAACAAACGGGCUCUCCGACGAAUUUGCCAGGGUGGUGCGGUCCUAUUCUUGUUCAUUACCGUAAUCGUGAACAUCAAACUCAUUCUGGAAACGAGGAGAGCAGCGGGCGAGGAGGAUCCUGCUCCAGAUUACGACGAUGCCUUGGCCAACAUGGAAACGCCUCGAAAACCAGCCAGCGGACGCAAGGUGUUGGACAUCGAGGUGUACUCCAGUCGCUCAAAGGUGUAUGUUGCGGUGGACGGUACCACAGUAUUGGAGGACGAGAUGCGGGAACAGGGAAGAGGCAUACACGUCAUAGUGCUUAAUCAGGCUACCGGCCAUGUAAUGGCUAAGCGAGUGUUCGACACUUACUCUCCCCAUGAGGAUGAAGCUAUGAUCCUCUUUCUCAACAUGGUCACCCGUGGCAGAGUCCUAAUCUUUACCAUCAAGGAUGAGGGAACUUUCCAUUUAAAAGAUGCUGCCAAGAACCUGUUGAAGGGGCUGGGCAGUCAGGUCUCUGCUACUCUUAGCUGGAGAGACAUGUGGACUCUUGUUGUGAAAAAAGGAGGUCAGUUGUAUGGGGAGAAACACUCAAAAUCACCUGCUCUCUCCACCUGGGGAGAUCCUGUGCUGCUGAAGACGGAGGUUCAGCUCACAGCGGCUGAAGAGGCAGAGUGUCACUGGGCAGACACGGAGCUGAACCGAAGGAGGAAACUCUUCUGCAGUAAAGUGGAAGGUUACGGCAGCAUCUGCAGUUGCAAGGAUCCGGCACCAAUAGAGUUCAACCCAGAGCCGAUCCCCAAGAAUAACGUCUACAACGUCCCAGUUGCCGUGAUUGCAGGGAACAGACCAAACUAUCUGUACAGAAUGCUGCGCUCCCUCCUGUCUUCCCAUGGUGUGAACCCACAAAUGAUCACUGUAUUUAUCGACGGUUACUAUGAGGAGCCCAUGGAUGUAGUGGAGCUGUUUGGUCUUAAAGGAGUUCAGCACACACCCAUCAGUAUUAAAAAUGCCCGCGUGUCCCAGCACUACAAAGCCAGUUUGACUGCAACGUUCAAUCUCCAUCCGGAUGCAAACUUUGCCAUUGUCCUGGAAGAAGAUCUGGAUAUUUCCAUAGAUUUCUAUAGUUUUCUCAGUCAGACCAUUCAUUUGCUUAAUGAAGAUGAGAGUAUUUAUUGCAUAUCAGCCUGGAAUGAUCAGGGCUAUGAGCACACAGCAGAGGACUCGUCACUGCUUUAUAGGGUGGAGAGUAUGCCAGGCCUGGGCUGGGUACUGAAAAAGAGCCUCUACAAGGAUGAACUAGAACCCAAGUGGCCCACACCUGAGAAGUUGUGGGACUGGGAUAUGUGGAUGCGCAUGCCGGAGCAGAGGAAGGGGAGAGAGUGUAUAAUUCCCGACGUCUCUCGCUCCUAUCACUUUGGCAUCGUCGGCCUCAACAUGAACGGUUACUUCCAUGAAGUAUACUUUAAGAAGCAUAAGUUUAACACCGUCCCAAAUGUUCAGCUGAAAAAUGUGAAUAGCUUGAAAAAAGAUGCCUAUGAAGUAGAGAUCCAGAAUCUGCUACGUGAGGCUGAAGUUCUGGAUCACAGCAAGAACCCAUGUGAAGACUCGUUCAUCCCAGACACUGAAGGAAAGACCUACAUCAUGUUCAUAAAGAUGGAGCAGGAGACGGACACGAGCACCUGGACCGAACUGGCCAAGUGCCUGCAUGUGUGGGAUUUAGAUGUUCGCGGCUAUCACAGAGGCCUCUGGAGGCUCUUCAGGAAGAAAAACCAUGUCCUUGUUGUAGCUGUUCCGGUCUCUGCGUACUCCACUCGGAAACCUACCCACGUUACCCCUAUUCACCUGGAGCCUCCACCUAAAGACGAGGCAGCCCCUGUGGAACAGAUCUAGAGCAGCUGCAGUUGAACAGGUCUCAUUAAACAAAGGGUCCCACUUGCACUAGGCCUGCACUGAAAGAACCUUCUGCCUUCAGGCCACAGCGUAAGCUGCUACAGCUGCUACCGCUUCUUCUACUGGAGCAUCCUCUGAUACUGAUGCUGCCUGUGUACGUGCAUUGUAUGAGCGACGAAUAUGCAAAUGACGAGUAGAGUAGCUCUUCCAGGCCCUCGAAUGAGUUCUGUAAUGGGAAAUAUGUGUGUUCUGUCAGGAACGGGAGAAAAUCGCAGCGUUGUUUUUUGUUUUUUUUUCCCCUGAAACACGCAUGUCAUUUGAUGUAAUGGAUAAAAAGGGCUGUGUUACUUGUUAGAAUAGUUAUGAACAGGAAAAGUGGACAAGAUGCGAAUCCGAUUUUUAAACACUACUGAUUGCUUUUGGUUGUACUGUAUAUACAUUUUAACUUAUUUAUUUUCCAAGAAUAAAGCUAGUUGAGGUUGUUGUCGACA